UUUCGGGGGCCGGAGCGGCGCCGCCGGAGCUGCGGAGGGAGAGGUCGGGCCGCUCCCUCGCCACUCCCCUGCCGCCGGGCUCUGGGAUGGUGUGGGCUCCUGGCAGUGUGGGACGCACCGGGGAAAGGCGGACGGCGGCGCCGGCGGCCCCGAGGCGGCCCGGGCGGGCGGAGCCGUGCCCGGCGCUAGGACCCAGCAGGACGCGAGGCGGCUCUUCGGGCCGGAUCACAAAUUCGUCGUGACUCAGUCUCUGCUCAGCGCGGAGGCAGCGGGAACAGGUCAGUGUCCUGCGUCUAUCCAGCGGCUGCUGGGGUGCGUAGGGGCACAAGAGCCGGAGCGGGCACUGCCGCGCCCCUUCCCUGGCUCGGCCUUCCUUCAUCUCCGCCCGCCCCCGCCCGGGCCCUGCCGCGCCGCCAACCGCGGUCGCCUGUUGUCUGCUGUUUUCCAGACAGCCAAGAUGGAGUACGAGUGGAAGCCCGACGAGCAGGGGCUCCAGCAGAUCCUGCAACUGCUCAAGGAGUCCCAGUCCCCGGACACCACCACGCAGAGAGCCGUGCAACAAAAACUAGAACAACUCAAUCAGUAUGCAGAUUUCAACAACUACCUGAUUUUUGUUCUUACAAAGUUGAAGUCUGAAGAUGAGCCAACACGUUCCUUGAGUGGUCUUAUCUUGAAGAAUAAUGUAAAAGCACAUUUUCACAACUUUCCAAAUGGGGUAACUGACUUCAUUAAAAGUGAAUGUCUGAACAACAUUGGUGAUUCCUCCCCCUUAAUUAGAGCUACUGUAGGCAUUCUGAUAACAACCAUUGCCUCAAAAGGGGAGUUACAGAAUUGGCCUGAACUCUUGCCAAAGCUUUGCAGCCUGUUGGAUUCUGAAGAUUACAAUACCUGUGAGGGCGCUUUUGGUGCUCUUCAGAAGAUUUGUGAAGAUUCCGCUGAAAUUUUAGAUAGUGAUGUUUUGGACCGGCCACUCAAUAUCAUGAUACCUAAGUUCUUGCAGUUCUUCAAGCACAGUAGCCCAAAAAUACGGUCUCAUGCAGUGGCAUGUGUCAAUCAAUUUAUCAUCAGCAGAACUCAAGCUCUUAUGUUGCACAUAGAUUCUUUUAUUGAGAAUCUUUUUGCACUGGCUGGUGAUGAGGAGCCUGAAGUACGCAAAAAUGUUUGCCGUGCUCUUGUAAUGUUGCUGGAAGUUCGAAUGGAUCGCCUCCUUCCUCAUAUGAUUAGUAUAGUUGAGUACAUGCUUCAAAGGACCCAGGACCAAGAUGAAAAUGUGGCUCUGGAGGCAUGUGAAUUUUGGUUGACUUUGGCUGAACAGCCAAUUUGUAAAGAGGUAUUAUGUCGGCAUCUUACUAAGCUGAUACCUGUGCUGGUAAAUGGUAUGAAAUAUUCGGAGAUUGAUAUUAUUCUUUUGAAGGGGGAUGUUGAAGAAGAUGAAGCCAUUCCUGAUAGUGAGCAGGAUAUAAGGCCUCGUUUCCAUCGUUCGAAGACGGUGGCUCAGCAACAUGAAGAAGAUGGUAUUGAAGAUGAUGACGAUGAAGAUGAUGAACUUGAUGAUGAUGAUACUAUUUCUGACUGGAAUUUAAGGAAAUGUUCUGCUGCUGCUCUAGAUGUCCUAGCUAAUGUAUUUCGUGAUGAACUUCUACCACACAUCUUGCCACUGUUAAAGGAAUUGCUCUUCCACCCCGAGUGGGUAGUUAAAGAAUCUGGUAUCCUUGUUCUUGGUGCAAUCGCUGAAGGCUGCAUGCAGGGUAUGAUUCCAUAUCUUCCAGAGCUAAUCCCUCACCUUAUUCAGUGCCUCUCUGACAAAAAGGCUCUUGUGCGCUCCAUUACAUGCUGGACUCUUAGUCGCUAUGCACACUGGGUAGUUAGUCAACCCCCAGACACAUACUUGAAGCCAUUAAUGACUGAGUUGCUAAAGCGUAUCUUGGAUAGCAACAAGAGAGUACAAGAAGCUGCCUGCAGUGCCUUUGCUACUCUAGAAGAGGAGGCUUGUACAGAGCUUGUUCCUUAUCUUGCAUAUAUACUUGACACUUUGGUCUUCGCAUUUAGUAAAUACCAGCAUAAAAACCUGCUCAUUCUUUAUGAUGCUAUAGGAACUCUAGCAGAUUCUGUAGGACAUCAUCUAAAUAAACCAGAAUAUAUUCAGAUGCUAAUGCCUCCAUUAAUCCAGAAGUGGAACAUGCUGAAGGAUGAAGAUAAAGAUCUCUUCCCUUUAUUAGAGUGCCUGUCGUCAGUUGCUACUGCCUUGCAAUCUGGCUUUCUUCCAUACUGUGAACCUGUGUACCAGCGCUGUGUAAAUCUGGUGCAGAAGACACUUGCACAAGCCAUGUUGCAUAAUGCUCAGCCAGAUCAAUAUGAGGCUCCAGAUAAAGAUUUCAUGAUUGUGGCUCUUGAUUUACUCAGUGGUUUAGCUGAAGGACUUGGAGGCAACAUUGAACAGCUAGUGGCUCGCAGCAAUAUCCUGACACUAAUGUAUCAAUGCAUGCAGGACAAAAUGCCUGAGGUACGGCAGAGUUCUUUUGCGUUGUUAGGUGACCUGACGAAGGCAUGUUUUCAGCAUGUUAAACCUUGCAUUGCUGAUUUCAUGCCAAUUUUGGGAACCAACCUAAACCCUGAAUUCAUUUCUGUGUGUAACAAUGCCACCUGGGCAAUUGGAGAAAUCUCUAUUCAGAUGGGUAUAGAAAUGCAGCCUUAUAUUCCAAUGGUCUUGCACCAGCUUGUAGAAAUAAUUAACAGACCCAACACACCAAAGACGUUGUUAGAGAACACAGCAAUAACAAUUGGUCGUCUUGGUUACGUUUGUCCUCAAGAGGUGGCCCCCAUGCUACAGCAGUUUAUAAGACCCUGGUGCACCUCUCUACGAAAUAUAAGAGACAAUGAGGAAAAGGAUUCAGCGUUCCGUGGCAUAUGUACCAUGAUUACGGUCAACCCCAGUGGAGUAGUCCAAGACUUUAUUUUUUUUUGUGAUGCUGUUGCAUCAUGGAUUAGCCCAAAAGAUGAUCUUCGAGACAUGUUCUGUAAGAUUCUUCAUGGAUUUAAAAAUCAAGUUGGGGAUGAGAAUUGGAGGCGUUUCUCUGACCAGUUUCCUCUUCCCUUAAAAGAGCGCCUUGCAGCUUACUAUGGAGUUUAACCUCAUGCACUGUAGCUGCAGUCCCAUAAUUAGAGGUCCUUCUGUCUGGGAGACUAUGAGGGAGCCUCUGCACCCAGGGAAAAUGCUACCCUUUACUGGGGGGAAGGGUAAACCAGUAGGGAAUACAGUACAAUCCCAACCCUACUGGGAGGGGCGGGAGGGAGGUGUUGCCGUCACUGUAUUAAGUCGAUGUUGGGAAAUGUUUUAACAUCUGGAGCCUUUGUGGGUGGAAAUCUGUCUCCUAUUACACCUCUGCACUGGAUGUGAAGAAGAAAAAAAAAAAGAAUCUAGUCACAAAACAGCACAUUCUGGAAUAUUAUGGGGAUUUGUACCAAAAUAAGAAACCAUAUAAUUGAACCAUAGGGAUACGUAAAGAGGAAAAAUAUUUUGCGCACAAUAAAGGAAACCUAAGAAUGGGGGUCACAAACAGUAAAAGGCUUUCUUUUUUGUUUUCUGUUUUUUUUAAGUAAGGGUUUUCUACAUUAUUUCAUCCUGCUUGGUGGGAUUCCUAGAUAUUUGCAUGUUAAUGAAGAACUACACAAACGAAGUUAGUACAGUUAAAAUGCAGCUUGUGUCUGUAUUAGGAACAGGCACUUGCAGUGUACAGUAUAGAAACCCCAUCAUAAAAUAAUAAAGGUUAACUUGGACAAAACGAAGCAACCUGCAAGCUGCCGACUAAGUCACUCCUUUCAUUUUGGGGUAAGGAGAGGUACACUGCACAGGAAAGAUUGACAUCUUAAUUUUUAUGUUAAGAAAAACAACCAAGGUAGUGGAUAUGAUUUUAUUAUUGUACUUUGUUAGUUUUGAUUUCUAGAGUAAGGCAUUAUUCCUAACUUGCAGUUUAAGGUUCAGGCAUGCGUUCUGGCUCAUAGUGAUCAGAAGUAAUAUUAAUUAGUGGGAAAGUAGCAUGCUUGCAUCACAUAGAAUGAAAUUGGUAUACAUUUACCUAUGUUGCGCCAGUUUUGUGUUGCAGUUUACCAAUUCAAUAUAGCCCUGCAUUUAAAAUUCCUUUUUAAGAUUCAAUGGAAUUUAUUUUUAUUAAGAAUAUAGAUAUAAAAUACUGUAGUUAACAAUUAGGCCUUGAAAUACCUUUUUAGGAUCUGUUAAGAAUAAGAUUGAUAUUGUAUUGUGUGUAACCUGCACAAUGUGGAAAGCUGAUAUAGCUGUGCAAAAUAUUUGCCUCUGUGCUGUCAGUGUGAUGUGCUUUCUGCAUGGUUAUAUACUAGUGAUUUUUUCAGAAUCUCUAAAAUGAAUUACAUGGUAAGACCCGUUAAAGGCUGCAUAAAUGUUAGUUGGCACGUAAAGACAAUUGUAGAAGUUGAUGACAAGAUUGCUAUAUUUGUGUUUAUUCCCACUCAACGUAUUACCUUCUACGCUUUCUUUUUGUUCAAAGCAUGAUCUUAAGAGAUGUUUAAGUUAAUGGAUGUAAUGCAGGGUAUCUACACUGUAUCGGCGCAUGUUGGUGGCCCUUUGUGAUGUAGUUAAAUGCACAAGGGUGCAAGUUUAAAGCUACAGAGUGAAAGUUGGUUUGGAUCCUCUUCAUUUCAUUUGUUUAGCUUUUCUGUUGUGUUUUUUUUCUCUACUUACAUGUAUUCCUGUGAAUAAAUCCUUGUUAAGUUAACGCUUUA